CAAGUGCGGUCCAUUACUCGGUUCAUUAUACCUCUCGUCGUCUGCUAAACUGCUCAUUGAAUAUAUUUAUUAUAGUGCCUUGCUAUUCAACAGACUGUCUUUUCGCAUAGCAUUGAUUUUGCAGUAGUUACACAAGUUUUAACAUGACUUCACUUGCAUCCACGGCUGCUCCCCCGGCACUCUCCGUUACACCUCCUCAACAGCAGCCUCAGUUGGAUCUCAACUUGAGGCUAAUUUGCAGAGACUGUAAGGAUGCAGUUCCAAAUAUUGUAGAAGAUUUUUCGGCUGGUGAUCUCAUUUGUGGAAAUUGUGGUCUCAUUCUUGGCAAUCGCAUUAUUGAUACUCGGUCUGAAUGGCGAACCUUUAGUAAUUCAGAUGACAACAGUGGAGAUCCUUCUCGUGUGGGUGCUGCUUCUGACCCCAUACUGGGAAGCAAGGGAACAAUUGAUUCCACCAUUAUUGGUGUGAGAGAUGGUGGUACUGGACGAUCCCGUGAGCUACAUCGUGCUCAUCUUAAAGUGAUUGGUCAAAAGGGAGAGGUUGCACUUUUGCAAGCGUUCAAGGUCAUUCAGGCCAUGGGAGAGCGCAUCUCACUCUCCAAAAUAGUGAUUGAUUCUGCCAAACAACUGUUUAAAAAGGCUGAUGAUGAACGUCUGCUUAAAAGUAAACCUACCGAGGCUAUUAUUGCUGCAUGUCUGUAUAUUGCCUGUAGAGAGCAUAGCGUUACUCGAACUUUUAGAGAAAUUUGUGCACUGUCAAAAGUUUCUAAAAAAGAGAUUGGAAGGUGCUAUAAAGCACUUCAGCCCAAUAUGGAGCAUCCAGUACAACAAAUCUCGCUUGAUGCAUACAUUUCACGGUUUUCUUCAAGCAUAGAUAUAAAAGCUGAUGUACGCAAAGCAACAGUUUUGGUUGCUGAUCGUAUUGUAGAGCUGGGUACUUUGGCAGGAAAAUCUCCCAUUACACUUGUUGCAUCAUGCCUCUACUUUGUAUCGUGUCUAUCUACCGAUCCCAAGCCUGCUAAGCUGAUUGCAGAGGUUGCAGGGUGUACUGAGUCCACUCUUAAAAAUGCAUACAAGCUAUUGCUCGAGGUUAAAGAUAUAAUCGGAAGAGAUCUUAACUUGCCUCAUGGUCUGCAUACACUUCCUAACUAAGAGUGUUUUGACAAUGGAUCCAAAAUAACAAUAAAGCAUUGAAUUGUACUGG